UCCGUCUUCAUAAAACUGCGCAAAACCACGUUGAGGCCAGGAUCUUUCUCGUCUAACCUUCCAACGAGUGAGCACGUUAUUGGAGUUUAAGAUUUAUUGCGUAUUAAAGUAAUUAAUUAAAUUCAAUUAAUUUAAGUGAUUAAAUUUAUUUAUUAUUAAAUAUGAAGAUUAAAAAGGAAGGUAUUAAAAUAAAAAAAGAAAAAGAAGUGAAGGAAAACGUGGUCGAGGUUAAACCCGUUAAAAAUAAUAAACCGGCGGGUAAAAUUAAUAAAUCUCUUAAGCAAAAUAAAGAAUCUAGUAAAGAUUUGAAAAAAUCUAAAAGUCAGUUGGUUAAAUUUGAAGAUUUAAAAAAUAAAAUAGAAGCGUCGCUAGAGAAAUCAGAAAAAAAAUCAAAGAACAAGCAAACGAAAAGAAAACUCGAAGUUCCUGAGGUUGCUGUGAAAAAAUUUAAAAAAUCUGAAGAAAAAAUUGCCCAAGUGAAGAAGACUGAGGAAAAAAUCGCGCCGGUGACUAAAAAGUCAAAGAAAACAAAUCAACAAAAAAUAAAUCAAAUAGACAAAAAAUUAAAAUUAAACGAAGAACAAAUUAAUGAUGUGGAUAAAAAAUUAAAAUUGAAUGCGGAGAAGAUGAAGGUCUCGGAAAAGAAAAUUAAAUUAGACGCCAAAAAACUUAAGCAAGAAGACAAAAAGAAGAAAUUGAACAAAAAAACAGCAAAGGGUGUUGCCAUAGAAGUAGAUGGAGAAGAAAAAAUAGUUGCUGACCUAGAAAUUAAUAGGCCCCAUGUUUCUCAAGCUGUUAAUGGCAUCCUCCAACUUGCUGAGCAAGAAAAAAGUGACAAAACUUUAUUUUCAUCAGACGACAACCCGAUAUUUUUACAGAUCAAUUGUAUAAAAAUUCCAAAAGUUCCUCAUCGUCGUCUGAGGAUAACGUUGCCGCAUGAUAUGGUAGGACCUACAGACGACAUUGCGUUAUUUGUCGGCGACCUCGGGAAGGGACGUCGCCAGGACUUCGAGAAGACUAUCGAGCAUUGGGAGACUAAACUAAAUGAGAAGGGAGUUACGCGCAUCAAGGAAAUAAUUCCAAUGGCGAAAGUAAAAGCCGAGUACCGGCAGUUCGAGAUGAAGAGAAAGCUCUCGAGGCUCUUUGACUUCUUUUUGAUUGACGGAAAAAUUUCGGGACACAUGGCUCACCUUCUGGGCACGACUUUUACGCGCGCUGGGAAACCACCAACUCCCGUUAAGCUCUGGCGGGAUAAUUUGAAGCAGGAGUUUGAUUUUGCGCUGAGGAAGACUUGCAUGGACAUCCAUGGAAACGGAGGCACUCACAGUGUCAGAGUUGGCACCGUCUCAAUGCCCCAGAAGAAGAUUGUCGAUAAUAUUCUAGCGGCUUGCGAAGCUCUGGAGAAAUUAUACCCAGGGGGAUUCAAUAAUAUCCGGUCUCUUGCAAUUAAAACUAGAAAAAGUCUGGCUAUUCCUAUUUAUUACACAAUGAAAGACAAAAAUGAGGUACAAGUACCAGUAGUUCAACCACUGAGACCCAAAGCCUACAAAACAGUAACCGGAGAGCUAUCGACUAUCGAGGACGAUGAUGUCGAAGUAGCCGUAACUCCUCGUGGAAAUGUCAAGUUCAUUAAAAAAUCAACCCAAGAAAUAAUUCCCGAGCCGGGCAAGAAAUCGCAGGAACCAAAAACAAAAAAAGGAAAAUUAAAUAAAAUAAAAAAUAAACCAGCUUUGAAAAAUACUAAAGCUAAAGAUAAAAAAAUAAAAAACAAGUCCUUAGAAAAAAAAGUUAAAAUUGAAAAAACUGACUAAUUUAAUUAGUUAAUUAAUGAUAAGUUGUAAAUAUUUUUUGUAAAUAUAUUUUUUAAUACAAUCUGA